UGAGCUUGCAACCGCGUCGCUUCGACUCUUCUCCCCGUCGUCUCGUCUGGUCCGCCUGCCCCGAAAUCACCUCCGCACGGCACUACCUCCGUCGCGAAGCAACCGCAGCCGCGGCUGCUUCUUCUCCGUCCCCGAGCUCAGCCGCGCCCUCGUCCGCUCCUCCUCCGAUUCGUGCUCGUACGGCUGUAGUGGUAGACGGCCGGCGAAUAGUGCAGAUUUCUCUAUACGAUGAGCUGGAGAAUUCCUCUCUUCGGCUCUCAGCAGCAGCAAACAGACCCAAAUUUCCAGGACAUACCUACGCAAUCUUGGUACCCUCCGUCGGUGGUAGGCUCAUCUUCACGUCCAUCGACACCUACCUCUUCUAGUGCUAGCCCACAUCAAAGAGCUUCAGAUCAUCCUCAGUCUUCAUCCCGUGGGCAACCAUCUCCUGCUGAGGCUGCAGGGAUAAUUGCUCGUUUGAAAGAUAAGAGUAUUGAGGAGUUACAGAGGCUAUUGAAAGACAAAGAGGCAUAUAAUGCAUUCUUUAAUUCACUCGAUCAAGUUAAAACCCAGAACAAUGUACGUGACGAGCUUAGAAAGGAGACAGCGCAACUUGCAAGGGAAAAUUUAGAAAAGGAGCAGCGGAUUUUGGAGCUCCGUAAUCAGUGCACAAUAAUAAGAACCACAGAACUGGCUGCUGCUCAAGAUAGGUUAACUGAUUUGGAGAGGCAGAAGGAUGAUAUUAUGAGGUCCUAUUCCCCUGCUGCGCUGCUCGACAAGCUCCAAACAUCAAUGGCAAAGCUGGACGAGGAGUCCGAGGAGCUGCACCAGAAGUUCCUGGAGAAGGACAUCGACCUGCCUACCUUUGUGCAGAAGUACAAGAAGCUCCGCACCGCCUACCACAAGCAGGCGCUGCUUCAUCUCGCCGGCCAGACAUCACUCCGCUGACACCCGACAUCUGUACGUAGGCUGUCUUGCCGGACAGACGAUGGCGGCAACUUUGUUGUAUACCUGCUCGCCCAUUCUUUUCCUACACUCUGCUUGGCCCUGUUUUUGAGUGCAGCGUGCGUGUUGUAGGGCUUGCCAAACAUCAAAUGGAGACUGCAUGUAUAGUUAUAUCUGAAGCGUUUUACCUGCCGAGUGACCAGGUUGGAUUUACGCGCGGUAAUCAAAACCCAUUUGCCUUA